CUCUCUCUCUCUCUCUCUCUCUCUCUCUCUCUCUCUCUCUACACAAAAGCAUAGCUUAAAGCCCAAAGCUUAAAGAUUUAGGUGCAAUGGAGUGCAGUAAUGAGACAAUGAACACAAACUACACAACCACCUCCUCAACCCCUCUGUCUCAGUCUCCUUCUUCUUCACCAUCCUCUCCUCCUCCUCCUCUGCCUCCUACUCCAACUCCAAACCCACCUGUGGUUAUAAGUCCUUGUGCUGCAUGCAAGAUCUUGAGGAGAAGAUGUGCAGACAAAUGUGUCUUGGCACCUUACUUUCCUCCCACUGAGCCAGCCAAGUUCACUAUUGCUCAUCGUGUCUUUGGGGCUAGUAAUAUCAUCAAGUUCUUGCAGGAACUUCCAGAAUCUCAAAGAGCUGAUGCAGUGAGCAGCAUGGUUUAUGAGGCCAGUGCAAGAAUUAGAGACCCAGUUUAUGGGUGUGCAGGGGCAAUCUGCCACCUCCAGAAACAAGUGAAUGAGCUGCAAGCACAAUUAGCCAAGGCACAAGCUGAGCUUGUCAACAUGCAAUGCCAGCAAGCCAACCUUGUGGCACUAAUUUGCAUGGAGAUGACACAAUCUAAUGAGCAGGGCUCUCCUCAGCAAUCACUUGAUCACAACUUCAUCACCAGUUCUCAUGGCAGCAACCAGAGCAACUUAAGCUUCCUUGAUGACACCACCACUCUAGGCUCAUUGUGGGAACCACUUUGGACAUGAAGAGAAACAAAUAAUUAAGAGGAGGAAUGCUAGACUCAGUCGAGCAUGAGUACGUGACAUAUCUUGAUCAGUGUGGGCUCGACAGUAGGUCUCACACUCAUGCAUAACUCAGAAUGCAUCACGCAUGUGCGACUGACACUAGCAUCAAUUAUUAAUUAAUUAUUGUAACCCAAUGAAUUGAAAAAAAAAAAAAAAAACCUUGUUCCAGGAAUCCAAUCAAAUUCUCCUAAGGAGAGGUUGAAGGACACCAUAUUAAUUAAUAAAUUUUGGGUAGCUCUCUAGUAGGAAUGAAGUAGUACUAGAUCUUCAAUGUUUGAACAAAAGGGAGGGAAGAUGAAAGUUGAGAUUGAUGUAAUAUGACUUUGUUUAAGCCUGCUGCAGGGCAAAAGUAGCUAGCUUGGUGGGUCUUUUUCUUUUUA